AUCUCAACAUUAAAUUACAUCACACACUUGAUCACCUUUUCCAAGGACACUUUGCUCUUUAUAACAUCUCUUGUGUUUGAAGUAACUUUUGCUGCAUUUAUAGAGAUGGCAAGCGAGCAAAAGAAAUGGUUGGUUAUGCAUGUAAUUGCAAUCAUUUUUGCAUUGAAAAUGGUUUCUUUUGGGGUUAAUGGUGAUCCUCAAGUUCCAUGUUACUUUAUCUUUGGUGAUUCUUUGGUGGAUAAUGGGAAUAAUAACGGAAUCGCAUCGUUGGCUAGAGCCAAUUACUUGCCUUAUGGCAUUGAUUUCCCAGGUGGCCCCACGGGAAGGUUUUCCAAUGGAAGAACAGUAGUUGAUACAGUUGCUGAGCUUCUGGGUUUCGAUGAUUAUAUUCCUCCAUAUGCAAAUGUUAGGGGCCAGGCCAUACUUGGGGGUGUGAAUUAUGCAUCGGCAGCAGCUGGAAUCAGAGACGAAACUGGCCAACAAUUGGGUGCUCGAAUCAGCUUUGGUGGGCAGGUUAAUAAUUACAAAAAUACAGUGUCACAAGUGGUGGAUAUACUUGGAGACGAAAAUUCAGCAGCAAAUUAUCUUAGACAAUGCAUUUAUUCAGUUGGAUUAGGAAGCAAUGAUUACCUUAAUAACUAUUUCAUGCCUAAUUACUACCAAACUAGCCGACAGUUUACACCCGAACAGUAUGCCUCUGUACUCAUUCAACAAUAUUCCCAGUUAGUAAGAGAAUUGUAUAACUACGGAGCAAGGAAACUUGUGUUGAACGGGAUCGGACAGAUUGGGUGUAGUCCAAAUGCAUUGGCUCAAAAUAGUCCAGAUGGGACUACAUGUGUGGCGAAAAUCAACUCCGCAAACCAGAUCUUCAACAACCAGCUCAGAUCUCUUGUGGAUACGUUUAACAGAGAACUAACAGAUGCUAAAUUCAUCUAUAUCAACAAUUAUGGAAUUUUCCAAAGCUUGAUCAGUAGCCCUCGGUCUUAUGGUUUCACCGUGACAAAUGCUGGGUGCUGUGGAGUGGGAAAGAACAAUGGCCAAAUUACUUGUCUUCCUGGUCAAACACCUUGUCAAGAUAGAGAUGCGCAUCUGUUUUGGGAUGCUUUUCACCCUACUGAAGCUGCGAAUGUGAUUGUUGGCAGGAGAUCUUACAAUGCUCAGUCAGCAUCAGAUGCGUAUCCAAUGGAUAUCAACCGAUUGGCUCAGCUGUAAACGUAAUACGUUUUGCUACAUGUAUACUACUACAUUGUAUUGUAUUAAACUCAUAAUUGUGUUUAAUAAUUCCUUUUGUAUUGCCAUUGUUUUGAUAAAUGAAUAUCAG